GCCCGCCGCUCCGUCUCCAAGGACGCGCGCACCUCCCACUUCCGGCAGCCAGAGGCGUGCCCAGGACCCUGACUCGGGAAUCGGGCCUCGCGCGGCCCCACCAGACCCGCUCUCGGAGCCGCGAGAGCCCAGUGAUGAGCAGCAAUGACUCCUCCCUUAUGGCUGGGAUCAUUUACUACAGCCAGGAAAAGUACUUCCGCCAUGUGCAGCAGGCUGCAGCCAUGGGCCUGGAAAAAUUCAGCAACGACUCCGUGCUGCAGUUCUUUAAAGCCUAUGGAGUCUUCAGGGAAGAGCGCAUCCAGGAUGCCAUCAGCAACCUGGAGAGCAUCCGGAAUCACCCAGACGUGUCCCUGUGCUCCACCAUGGCCCUCAUGUAUGCUCACAAGAGCUGCGAAACCAUCGACCAAGAAGCAAUUCAGGAGCUCCAUAGCAGCCUGAAGGAAAUCCGCAAGAAGGCCAGCGGGACUGCCCUGUACUAUGCCGGCCUCUUCCUCUGGCUCAUGGGCCACCAUGACAAGGCCAGGGAGUACAUUGACCGCAUGCUGAAGCUCUCCAACAGCUCCAGUGAGGGCUAUGUGCUGAGAGGCUGGGUGGACCUCACCUCAGACAAGCCCCACGCUGUGAAGAAAUCCAUCAAGUACCUGGAACAAGGAACUCAGGACACCAAAGAUGUGCUGGGGCUGAUGGGAAAGGCAACGUACUACAUGACGCAGCAGAACUACUCAGGGGCCCUGGAGGUGGUGAACCAGGUGACGGGGGCCUCAGGGAGCUUCCUGCCGGCCUUGGUCCUAAAGAUGCGGCUGUUCUUGGCUCGGCAGGACUGGGAGCAGGCGGUAGAAACAGGACUCAGAAUCCUAGAAAAAGAUGAAAACAAUAUUGAUGCCUGCCAAAUUCUAGCUAUGCAUGAGCUUGCAAGAGAAGGAAACAUGACCACAGCUGCCGAUCACGUUAGAAAUCUGAUUAAGGCACUAGACACAAGAGAGCCCCAAAAUCCAAGCCUCCAUCUUAAAAAAAUUCUUGUGGUUAGCAGACUGUGUGGGAGGAACCAGGUGAUUCUACGGCUAGUGUGUAGCUUCAUCGAGCGCACCUUCAUGGCGACACCCUUCUACGCCCACGUGGCCAUGGAGCUGGGCUAUCUCUUCAUCCUGCAGGACCAAGUAAAGGAGGCAUCUCUGUGGUACUCGGAGGCCAUGAAACUGGAUGAGAGCAGUGUAGCUGCCUUGACAGGCAUCAUCUGGUGCCAGAUCUUAGACGGCCACCUGGAGGAGGCUGAGCACCAGCUAGAAUUCCUGAAGGAGGUGCAGCAGUCCCUGGGGAAGUCUGAGGUGCUGGUUUUCCUCCAAGCCCUUCUGGCGUCCAGGAAGCACAAAGGAGAACAGGAGGCCACGGCGCUGCUGAAGGAGGCUGUGGAGCUGCACUUCUCUGGCAUGCAGGACCUCCCCCUGGGCUCCGAGUACUUUGAAAAGCUGGACCCCCUCUUCCUGGUCUGCAUCGCCAGGGAGUACUUGUUCUUCUGCCCUAAGCAGCCCCGGUCACCGGGCCAGAUCCUGUCUCCACUUCUUAAACAAGUCGCUGUGAUCUUGAAUCCUGUCGUGAAAGCAGCACCAGCCCUGAUCGACCCCCUAUAUGUGAUGGCUCAGGUCAACUAUCUCUCAGGAGAGUUGGAGAAUGCCCAGAGCACUCUGCAGCGUUGCCUGGAACUGGACCCCACCUCUGCGGAUGCCCACCUCCUCAUGUCCCAGGUCUACCUGGCUCAGGGCAACUUUUCGAUGUGCUCGCACUGCUUAGAGCUGGGUGUCAGCCACAACUUCCAGGUCCGAGACCACCCCCUCUACCACUUCAUCAAGGCCAGAGCUCUCAACAAGUCUGGGGACUAUCCAGAAGCCAUAAAGACACUGAAAAUGAUUUUAAAAUUACCAACUGUGAAGAUGGAAGAAGGCAAGAAGUUCCGCCGGCCUUCCGUGCAGCCCGGUGAGCGGGUGUCCAUCUUACUGGAACUGGUAGAUGCCCUCCGGAUGAAUGGGGAGCUGCACGAGGCCACCAAGGUCAUGCAGGAUGCCAUCAACGAGUUCAGCGGCACCCCCGAGGAGAUCCGCGUCACCAUCGCCAACGUGGACUUGGCGCUGAGCAAGGGGAACGUGGACAUGGCGCUGAGCAUGCUGAGGAACGUCACGCCCCAGCAGCCCUGCUACACAGAGGCCAAGGAGAAGAUGGCCAGCAUCUACCUGCAGACCCGCAAAGACGCCCGCCUCUACAUCGCAUGCUACCGGGAGCUCUGUGAACAUCUGCCUGGACCCCACAGCAGCCUGCUACUGGGCGAUGCUUUCAUGAACAUUCAGGAGCCCGAGAAGGCCCUGGAGGUCUAUGAUGAGGCCUAUAAAAAGAACCCACACGACGCCUCCCUGGUCAGCAGAAUUGGGCAAGCUUACGUGAAGACGCACCAGUACCCCAAGGCAAUUAAUUAUUAUGAGGCUGCCCAGAAGAUAAGCGGACAGGACUUUCUGUGCUAUGAUCUGGCUGAACUGCUCCUGAAGUUAAAGAAGUUCAGCAAAGCAGAAAAAGUUUUGAAGCAGGCACUGGAACAUGACCUUGGCAAAGACAUCCCAUCCAUGAUGAAUGAUGUCAAGUGCUUACUUUUGCUGGCAAAGUUUUACAAGAGCCAUAAAAAAGAAGAUGUGCUGGAAACUUUGAACAAGGCCAUGGACCUCCAGUCUCGGAUACUGAAGCGUGUUCCACUGGAGCAACCAGAAAGGAUGCCCUCCGAGAAGCAACUGGCAGCGUCCAUCUGCGUCCAGUUGGGGGAGCACUACCUGGAGGAGAAGGAGUAUGCCAAGGCAAUGCGGUCUUACAAGGAUGCCCUCUCCUACGCACCCACUGACAAUAAGGUGGUGUUGGAACUGUCACGGCUCUACUUGCUCCAGGGGCACCUGGACUUGUGUAAACAGCACUGUUCCAUCCUCCUACAGACUGAGAAGAACCAUGAGUCCGCCUCCAUGAUGAUGGCCGACCUGAUGUUUAGAAAACAGAAAUAUGAAGCUGCCAUCAAUGUCUACCGCCAAAUCCUGGAGAAAGCGCCAGAUAAGUUUCCUAUAUUGAAUAAACUAAUCGAUUUGCUACGGAGAAGUGGCAAACUUGAAGAUGCCCCUGGCUUCUUUGAAUUGGCCAAGAAGAUGUCCAGCCGAGUAUGUUUGGAGCCAGGGUUCAACUACUGCAAAGGCAUCUAUUGCUGGCACAUAGGGCACCCCAACGAAGCCCUAAAGUUCCUAAACAAAGCCCGCAAGGACAGCACUUGGGGCCAGAGAGCCACCUACUACAUGGUACAGAUCUGUCUGAACCCAGACAACGAGAUCGUGGGCGGAGAGGCAUUCGAGAACGUGGUGUCUGAGAGCAACUCCCCUGGCAGGAAGGAGUCGGAGCAGCAGGAGGCCGUGCGGACCGCGGAGAAGCUGCUGCGUGAGUUCUACCCGCACACCACCUGGGGCCAGACCCAGCUGCGGCUGCUACAAGGCCUCUGCCUGCUGGCCACUGGGGAGAAGGCGAACGUGGAGACCGCGCUGGGCACCUUCAUCGAUAUGGCGCAGGCAGAGAAGGACAGCGUCCCCGCGCUGCUGGCCGUGGCGCAGGCCUACGUGCUGCUGAAGCAGAUCCCUAAGGCGCGCACGCAGUUGAAGCGUCUGGCCAAGGCCCCAUGGGCUCUAGCUGAGGCCGAGGACCUGGAGAAAAGCUGGCUCCUGCUGGCCGACAUCUACUGCCAGGGCGGCAAGUUCGACCUCGCCUCCGAGCUGCUUCGGCGCUGCGUGCAAUACAACAAGUCCUGCUGCAAGGCCUAUGAGUACAUGGGCUUCAUCAUGGAGAAGGAGCAGUCCUACAAGGAUGCAGCCACCAACUACGAGCUGGCCUGGAAGUACAGUCAUCAUGCCAACCCUGCCAUUGGCUUCAAACUAGCAUUCAACUACUUGAAGGACAAGAGAUUCGUGGAGGCCAUUGAAGUCUGCCACCAGGUCCUAGGGGAGCACCCCAACUACCCCAAAAUCAGAGAAGAAAUUUUGGAAAAAGCCCAAGGGUCUCUGAGGCCGUAGCUGUGGUUAGAGAUGGGGUGGGUAGAAACCGUCAGCCUAUGGACAUUUCAUGGAGGGGGUGGGAUGUGGGUCAGUUGUUCCCCAUUUUCAUAGUGAGUGAUUUAUUUGAAUCAUGCCUUAUCUGGUCUAAGGCGGCGCAGCCCAAAGCUUUAUGUUUUUAAGGCAAAAGAAGCAAUUUGCUCUGGGGAACAAAGACAUCAACCAACUUAGCUUCUGCUGGGCUCACUGGAUACCUUCUAACAGACCCCACUUUUAUCCCAGACUCUCUGAGGGGGCAGAUGGGAAACAAAGAGGUGGUUUAAAAUAAAAUACCCUACAACUAUUUUACUAUUGUUAUGUCAGGCCAGAAAUACCUCCCCCCUCUCCUGUUUGGUCCCUUGAAUCCUGGAGCUAAAGAAACAGCGCUCCUGCCUGCCAUGCUGCUCACUGCGGCUGCCCUGGUAGUGGGUCCAGACAGGGGGACCCACUGUACAAGGUCCCCACAGCUGAGGCGCUGUGUGAGGGACACUGUCAUCCUGCAGGUUGCGAGGGUCAUUGGCCCACUCUGUCCCAUGCAUUCUGUCUCCUCCUCCCCAAGUUUUCAGCUGGCCUCUGCUGGUCCUCACAGCUUUGGGGAAACCUGAUUUCCCUUGCCUGAUACAGCGGAGUACAUCCCGAGAAAAAUUACUUUCCACUUCAGCUUUUGUGAAAGACACUGGCCAACUCACCAAUUCAUCCUCCAGAAACCCUUUUAACACCUAAGGGGACAAAAGCGUGGUCCCUAUUUAGAUGGAUAAUGUUAAUUGUAAGUGGCAAGAGGGUGAUAGAGGUCACCUUUGCUGUGCUCCCAGGGCCUCUCUUCCUGUUUUUCAGGAUGGCAAUAAUGGGCCAGUCUGACCUCAGGGGAAGGAACUCAGAACGGGGAGUCAGGAGGUCUAGAAUCUCCCUGCGUGACCUUUCCAAGACCGUUCCUGCCCCUUUCUGGUUUCGGUGUCCCCAUCUAUGGCAGGAAAUUAGACUAGAUCUGUGUGUUCCCAAAUCAUGGUACGAAUCCCUGCCAAUGAUAUUCAGCAAACAUUAUAAAGUUGAAUAAUUAUGUGUUUAAAUAUUUUUACAUAAUGGAGAAAAAUAGCACAACAAACUCAUGAAUCUGUGGGUUUUGUUACAUAGAAUGGCUCUAACUUUUAAGCAUAUUGACAUAAUCGAUAUAAAGUAAAAUACUUAGUAUCGGUAGAAUGCAGAUAUGGCAGAGUUUUCAAGAGAGGUUGUCUGGUGGCUAAGGUUUGGGAACAGUGAACGGGUAUAAGGGUCCCUUUUAGAACAGCCCGAGUUGUCCUUGAUGGCUGUUGAGCCUUGUUUUUAUAGCACACUGUGGUCAUGUGUGUGGCCUCUUGGUAUGAGUCAAUGACCUGGAAUGCUUUCCUCAGGUGACUACCAUCAUCUUAUGGGAAACCAGGCCUCUUUAUGAUGAUGUACUUUAUAACCCAGUUUCUCGGGGCGGGUUGUGUUGAGAGACAGGUCUGUCUGUAUGGAGAAUGAGGCUAAGGAUUGUGCGUUAAUCACAUUUUUAUUGCUGUAAACCCCAAGUUGUUUUCAUUUAUCUUUUAAAAAAAAAGCCCAGAAGUGACCCUCUUGAUGGGCAGACUCAGUCUAGCCAUGGGCUGUCCAUAGCAAGAGCCUCUAGGGGCUUCCAGCCAGGGUAUUGGAGCUGCUGGGGGCUGCCACCUGGACCCCAGGCUAGUCAGAACAAAGCCUCACGGCCCUUGGGGAGAUCCAGCUUUUGGAGCAUGCAUGCUGAAGCAGUAUCUGCAAAAGGAUUCCCAGGGACCAGUGAGAAGGGAGACAGGACAACUGAAUGUACCAGGGUAGUCCACCCUGAGAAGCCUAAGACCUGGCUUAGGUCCGGGCCUAAGCUCGUUAGAGGUAGGCCAGAGUCCAAGCCAUGAGUCCUCUAGUGGCCACUGACGAAAUGGCCAUAUGGCCAUGUCCAUGCAUGUCCAGAGGCAAGAGACAGGUACCUGCAAGGUGACAGAACUGGCAAAAAAAGAAAGGCUAAAACAUAGAGGCAGAAAACAAGAAAACAGAACGGAAGUCACAAAGACGCACAUGAGGCUUGCAUGUUCCAGGCACUCUUUUAAGAGCUGUGUAUAUAUGAACUGAACAAGCUUAUGAGGUGAGCAGUGUUAUUUGUACAAUAUUGAGGACACCCAGGCAGAGAUGGAGAACAAUUUGUGUGAGUCACCUCACUGGGGAGUAGAAGAGCUGGGAUUCCAACCUGGCACGCGGGGUCCAUGUUCUUAACCAGUAAACCAGAGAUGAAAUAAGGGCGCGCAGCCCAGACCAAGAGACAGAGAAUUAGAACAAGAAAAGGAGACCC